AUUUGAUUGAAGGAAAAAGUAACAGAUUUUGUAGGUAAUUUGUACGUAGGAUCAUCUGAUUUUAUGUAAUGUAUUAAUUACGUUAUGUGUGUGUUUAAUUUAUGUUAUGGGUACUGUUAGAUAAAACAUAAAACGAAACAGUUUUUAAAAGAAAACUUAUUUAUAUUCCUAUAAUAUAAGAUGAAUAAUCGUAAAAAACAAGGUAAUGCGAAUGCAUGGAAAAAACUUCCGCAGAAAGCACCGUCUGUAAAUAAGUUCGAAGAAGCUCAGAAAAAGCUUCAAGCUGCUGUCCAAAAACAUAUUGAGGAUUAUGAAUCCUCUUCUGAUGAGGAACUAGUUGAAAGUAAAACAGUUAUAGAUAAAAUCACUGCUUCUUACACUACCAAAGGUGGCACCAAUGAUAAAUUGCAAAGGACAGUAUCUUAUUUGAAGGACAACCUCACAUCAGGGGCUACAACAUGCCUUAUUUGUAUUUCUAAAGUUAAAAGGGAUGACCAGAUAUGGUGUUGUGAGUCCUGCCAUUGCUUUUUUCAUUUGAUGUGUAUCCAAAGGUGGUCGAAAGAUAGCAUCUCCCAAAAAAAGCAGUCUCUCACAUCUGAUAUCUCCUCUGCAGAACAACUUAUUCAAUGGUGUUGUCCCAAAUGUAGGAGAAAUUAUAAGUCUGAGAGCAUUCCAACAGAGUAUAGGUGUUUUUGUAAAAAGAGAUUAAAUCCCACAUACCAGGCUCUCUUAGUUCCUCAUUCAUGUGGUGAAAUUUGUGGGAAGGAGUUAGAUCCACCUUGUGGACAUAAAUGCUUACUUCUUUGUCAUCCAGGUCCAUGCCCUCCUUGUCCAGUGACAGUUAAUGCCAAAUGCUAUUGUGGUGCAAAGCCUCCCAGACUCCAGAGAUGCAGUGAUAAAUAUUGGUCAUGUGGGGAAUCUUGUGGAAAUUUACUUGCAUGUGGUAAACAUUACUGUGAUGAUCCGUGUCAUGGAGGGGAUUGUAAACCAUGCACAAAGAAAUGUAUUCAAAAGUGCAAUUGCGGGUCUCAAGCUAAACUUAGGGACUGCUCAUCGCCUGAAUGGAAUUGUGGAAAGGUGUGUGGAAAACCAUUCAGUUGUGGUUACCAUGAAUGCAUGAAAGUAUGUCAUUCAGGAGAUUGCAAUGUCUGUGAAUGGAGCUUGCCAAGGACCUGUCCUUGUGGAAAAACCAAGUAUAAUUUACCAUGCUCUGAAGAUACUCCAACAUGUCCAGAUACAUGUGAUAAACUACUAGGAUGUGGUGAACAUUACUGUGUUCUGAAAUGUCACAAGGGAAAAUGUGGAACGUGUUUGGAAAUUGUCAAGAAAAAAUGUAGGUGUGGACAACAUACCAAAGAUGUUCAUUGUAGCAAACCUUUCUAUUGCGAAACGAAAUGUAAAAAUAUGAGGGACUGUAACAAGCAUCCUUGCAAUAAGAAGUGCUGCAAUGGAGAAUGUCCACCUUGCGAAAAACCAUGUGGAAAAACAUUGAAUUGUGGCAACCAUAAAUGUGCAUCGGUUUGUCAUCGUGGUCCAUGCUUUCCGUGCAAUCUGGUGGAUGUUGUGACGUGUAAUUGUGGUGAAACCAAAGUGAGUGUGCCCUGUGGAAGGAAGAAUCAUGUUAAACCACCAAAAUGCUCCCUGUUGUGCAAAGCACCUACCGAAUGCCAUCAUGAGAAACGAGAACCACACAAAUGUCAUUUUGGAAACUGCCCACCAUGUAAACAGAUUUGUAACAACACCAGACCAAGUUGCCCCCAUCUAUGUCCAGCGCCCUGCCAUGAUGCUGUGAUGGUUAAAGUUGAAAGGGCCAAGGCGACUGCACCUUGGGAAGAAGUUAAACCCCAAAAAGAAAAAAAACUUUUACCAUGUCCCGAUUGCAUUGUUCCUGUUCCUGUUGAGUGCUUUGGCAAGCAUGAGAUAGCUGAUUGGCCUUGUCAUUUAGCAAAACCAGGAAGUUGUUUCCGUCCUUGUGGUAGACAAUUACCAUGUGGAAACCAUAAGUGUACCUUAGCCUGCCACGUUGUUCAAAGUGUUAGUGAUAACGAUACUAUGGCAGGAAGCAAUUGUGAGAUAUGUGAAAAUGAAUGUACUAAAAAGAGACCUGAAGGAUGCCAACACACUUGUCCUAAACCAUGCCACCCUGGAGACUGUCCUCCCUGUAACCAAAUGGUUAGAUUGAAAUGUCAUUGUAGUCUAGUUCAACUGUAUGUAGUAUGCAAAGAUGUGCUGAACCCGGAUAAACAUGAAGAAAUUCAGAGUUGUGGGAAUCAAUGUCCUAAAAAUUUGAAAUGUGGGCAUCGAUGCAAAAUCAACUGUCACCCUGGUCCAUGUCCCGAGGGAAACCCUUGCAAAAAGAAAGUGAAAGUAUUUUGCGAAUGCAAAAGGUUGAAAAAGGAGAUUAAUUGUGACACUGUGAGAAAUGGGAAGGCGAAAAUAGAGUGCGACGAAGUUUGUGCAGAAUUGAAAGAGGAAACCGAUAGAAAAAACCAGAUCCUGAUUGAAGAGAUUAGGAAGCAAGAGGAACUGAAGAACAAAGAAGAGAUGGAGAGGUAUGUGAAGAAAUUUGGUGGGAAAAGGAAGAAUAGAGAGAGGAGGAGUCAGUCCAUUGAUGAUGAAGUUGGUUUCAUCAAGAAAUAUUCAGCUCCUUUAUCUGCAUUAGCUGUAAUAAUUAUUGCAUUGGUGACAUACACUGUAAUCAUUGGUAAAUGAGUUGUUAGUUAUGGACGUUAUUUGAAUAAAGUUAAGAAUAAAAAUUG